AUGUCGGGCCUGUACACAAUCUUUGACUGCCUGACGGAAGGUCGACCCUUUGCUACGCGGGUCCUGCAUGAGGUGGUUCACCACUGGGCCCAAUCAGCACAUGAACUUGCAUCGUAUGGGGCUGGCAAGGACCUGGAGCGUUUCGGCCUCUGCUUCCUGCGCCGCGGAGGACUGGAGCAGAGCAUUCCAUUUGGCAAGCACGUCAGAAGCGCUGUGCAUUCCGAUCUGGACAAUUUGCAGGUCAGUUGGAUCCAGGACUGCGAUUUGAGCAAGGAGGGGCAGAAGGCCUGCGAAAACGCUUUGGACCUGGCCCUGGAUGUGCUCGGACUGGGCGUCAAAGGAGAUUCAGAAGGCCUCGCGGUGCAGGUGUGGACCUUCCGCGCCAAUCAGAUCCUGAGUUCUUUGGCAACAUCUGCCUCGACCCAGAAGUUGAUCGCUGCCGGCAUCGACAUCACCGUGGUGAAAUUGGCGGAGCCCAGGAGUGAGCUUCUGCAAGUCCAGGGGGUGAAGGUGGUGUCAGUGGCCAGCACGAAAUCCGCAGUGCGUCGGUUCUUGCGCCAGCGGCUUGCCGUACAGAUCUCCAUUGAUCUUGAGCUGCCGAUGCGCCUGGAACCCGCGGUGGCGUGGAAGAUGGAGAACUUUCAGAUGGACUCCAAUCCUUCAAAGGCGGUGUCUUGCAGCUGCGUGCCAGUCGUCCUUCUGGUGCCAGGGCAGUAUGAGGCAGCAACUGCGCGACUGUCGGUGUCGGCCUUUCAGUUUCAACGCUUCGUCAAGCUGCAAGGCAUUGAUCUCUUCUGCUUCUAUGGCCUUCCCCUGGUGGCACGGCCGGAUUCAAAGGAUCCAAGGGCCGCCCUUUCUGCCAGGCUGGGUGGUCGUGAGGAGGGGUGA